AUAUGUAUAUCCUUGACAUAGAGUGUCCUAGCAACACUUUCACACACUAUUUAUUUCUGCCUGUUGUCUCGUGGUUGUGUGCUCCCUUGUUUCUCUGCACACUCUAUAUCCUACACACUAUCUAAUUGCCAUCUGCUACCCUAUUUCUCGUGUCUCACAAACACCCUUACUCUGCCAUCCAACCUCUGUCAGUUCUCUCAGUUUUUUAGAUUAUAUGUUCUGCACCUCUGAGGCUGCUGUCGAUAUGGAUAGUGGAAGAGGAGACAUUCGUCGUCUGAAAGACGGAGAAAUUCUGAAAUACACAUCAGGAAUCUUCAGUUCAAAAUGGAAGAAAAUGUAUGCGGUGUUGUUCAGCGAUUCGCGUCUUGUUUGGUUUGAAAAUAGAGGUGAUAGAAAACCAAAAGGAAGUGUUCUUCUGAAAGAUGUGAUACCAUAUAUUUGUGUGGGACUAAUGACUGACAGAAUGCCUGUGAAAAGACCAAAUGUACCAGAAGGAAAUUCAGUUCAUCAUCUCGUUGGAAUUGGAAUGAAUCCAAAAGCUGAUCCAUGUCAUUGGAUUUUGUUUUCCUCAGAUUCAGAUAUUGAAUCUUGGUUCACAGAAAUCACAAAAACAUUACCGAAGCCUGCUAAUCCUCCACCAAAUGCACCACAACAAGGGCCUGGAGCCCAACCACCACAGCAACAAAACAAUGGAGGAUAUGUUCCCCCAACAGUAUAUCCAAGUGCUCCUCCUCCAGUUCAGCCAGGCUACAAUCCUCGUCCUGCCAGCGGACAGUCUUAUCCAUCUGGACCACAAGUCCCACCAGCUUAUGGACAAUACCCUCAACCUGGUUAUCCACAACCGGCUGGAGUUCCAACUUCUUCUCACACAACUGUAAUCGUCAGAGAUGGAGGUUACGGUGGUGGCGGAUACGGUGGAUAUGGAGGAGGUGGUGGAGGAUUCGGAAGCACUGGGCUUGGAUUCGGCUCUGGCAUCUUGGCUGGAAGUCUCCUUGGCUACGGAUUGGGAUCCAUGUGGGGAGGACAUCACAGCUACGGUGGAUGGGGUGGCGGUUACGGUGGAGGUGGUUAUGGAAUGGCUGGUGGAUAUUACUCCGAUAAUGAUACAACUGUUACCAACAACUAUUACAAUUAUGGAGAUAAUGACAACAAUGGAGGAAACAAUCAUAGUAGUAGCUCGAAUGCUAUUACAGAUGCUCCUGGAAAUGCCGGUGAUCAAUCUCAACAGCAGUCGGAUAAUAAUUACGGAAAUGCUAACCAAGACUCAUAUGAUCAAGGAAAUGAUUAUGGGAAUGACUAUGGAAAUGCUGGUUAUGACUCUGGAGACUUUGGUGGCGGAGACUACGGAGGUGGUGGAUAUGAUUCGGGAGACUUCGGAGGUGGUGACUUUGGUGGUGGUGAUUUCGGAGGUGGAGAUUUCGGAGGAGGCGACUAUUAAACUCGUGGAUCAAGCUCUUCCUGUUUUUCAUUCUAUUUUCCCUCAGUUCUCUAUUGCUUUGCUUUACAAUGUUUAUAACUCAACUAUUUGUGCCAUUCUCAGUUUUGCAAUUGUUUAGAGAAUUUAUCUGUGAUAAUAAAUGUUCAUAAUGACCCUCAUCAGAUAGCCUUUAAAAUUUCUCAACUUUUUGAAAUGCACUUCUUAAAAUUAA